UGGAUCAAUAUCAAAAGUUCACACGAGGGUUGCGUCUAGCGGUCACCUCGGAACAAUGUCGCGGUAUUUAUAUGUACCAUGUUAAUCGCACCAUUAUGAUUAGGUGCAAAUGUACUGAGAGUGUUUAAGGUGUUGAACGUAACUUUUCGUGUAAACGAGGUUAUAUAGAACUAGAAAUAGACGAUUCAGGAAAGUUGUUAUAUCAGAGUGCAUUAAAAAUGGCAAGUAUUGGCAGCAAACUUAAGGUACUACUGAUUCUAGGGAGUAUCCGUGAUGGAAGGCAAGGAAUAAAAGUGGCCAAAUUUGUGAGGAAGAAGCUGGAGGAGAGAAACUUCGAAGUGACAUUUUACGAUCUUCUGGCAAUGAACUUCCCCAUGGUCAAACAACCAGUCCAUUUCUAUGGACCUAAGCGUACAGGGGCUCCACAGAACCUCCUAGACUGCGAAAAACAGAUCCGGGAUGUGGACGCCUUCGUCAUAGUGUCAGCCGAAUACAACAACAGUAUUCCUGCCUCUCUGAAGAAUUUCCUAGACACCUUUCCCGACGGAUCUUAUGGCUUCAAACCUAGUGGUUUAGUGUGUUAUUCCAUGGGUCCCUAUGGAGGGUAUUGCUCGUCCACGUCACUAAGGACAAUAAUGGGAGUGCUGGCCUCUCCCUGUGUAUCCCGAGUACUCGCUAUCCCGUUUGUUCAGGAUGCUAUUGAUGAAGAUGGGAAGCCUAUCAAUGAAAAGUUAAACUCGGAGGUGGAUCCAAUGUUACAACAACUGGAGUGGAUGGCAAACGCCACUAAGAAUCACAGACUGAAAGAUGGACUACCUACCUCAUCUUUCAUGUUCGGGUCUUGAUGGAGGGUGUUUUAGGGCUUUUUUUUCAAUUAGGAGAAACCUGAUCUCAUAUUACUCAGUAACACCAAAAAUAAUGCAUAUAAAAAUGAAAUAAGUGGCAUUUAUUUAAUACAUUUUAAGAAAGCUAGGGAGGAUAAUUCAAACAU